UUUGUCAAUCCAUGUGCCAAACGAGAUCAUAUGUGAGGAGAGUAUUAAUUUGAUAUGUAUAAUUAAGUCUAUUUUUUAACAGAUUAAGUUUUUAAGACCAGUGGUAAUCUAACAGAGUACUUUCAAAACGCUCACCGUGUUUAAUAAUAUGGUCUAACUUGUGAACUUGAUGACAGGGAAACGAUGACAGAAUACCGAUAUGAGUUGAGGAAACUGGGCGAGAAAGUGAUGGAAGCCAUGGAUGAGAACUUGGGCUUGCCAAUGGGAUACAUCAAGAAAGCAUUCAACGGUGGAGAUGGUGAAAAAGCCUUCUUUGGCACCAAGGUCAGCCAUUACCCACCAUGUCCUCAUCCCGACAAGGUGAUCGGACUCCGGGCCCACACCGAUGCCGGAGGCGUCAUCUUACUCUAUCAAGACGACAAAGUUGGAGGACUUCAGAUCCUCAAAGAUGGACAAUGGAUCGAUGUCCAACCAAUGCCCAAUUCCAUUGUCAUCAACACCGGUGACCAGAUCGAGGUGUUGAGCAAUGGGACGUACAAGAGUGUUUGGCACAGGGUUUUGGCCAAACUGGAUGGGAACAGAAGGUCGAUUGCUUCGUUCUACAAUCCGUCGCUCGACGCAACCAUAGCUCCUGCAAAAGACCUAGUUAUGGAAAAGGUGAACCAUGAAGAGGAUGAAGAAGUUGCUUAUCCUAAGUAUGUGUUUGGGGACUACAUGUCAGUCUAUGCUGAGCAGAAGUUCCUUCCUAAGGAACCAAGGUUCCUUGCUGUGAAGGCCGUGUGAUUAUGUGAUUGAUAUAUCAUCAAGAAUGGAUAUUGAGCUGCUAUAUAUAGCUUAUCAUGAGCUAGCUUAAAGCUUAAGUGGUUAGGACUUUGUGUGUUGUUUUGAGUGUUUUUAAUUGAACUUCUUGUUGAGGUUUGCUUUGUACAUUAGCACAUGUAAACUGUACUUCUCAUCAUUUCCUUGAAUGGAAGUGAAAAUGGAAAAGAAGUGAAAGUAUUACGGUACUUCCUUCUAAAAUUUACUGUUUAAUUGUGUUUUCGUUUUCUGUUUUUUUGUAUUCAUUUUAUGAAAAAGACACAAACUAGCUUGAGAA